UGCAGAGGAAGGCGGAAAAUCUCGUGCACUAUAGGAUUUCAGUGAACUAAACUAAGACGACUACAAGUAGGCAACAAAGUGCCCUCAUUUUGAUUAAAUCUAAGACACUUGUAGGUCACUUCUUUAUGGAUCAAAACUUACUGAUAAUUUUUGGUCUAUGAGAGGUAUGGAAAGUUGUACAUAUUACACAGUAAUUGUAAUACUGUGGUUCAGCAUUAAAAUACUAACUCUUUAGAGUUCAUUACGUUAUAGAAGAAAGUCUCCCCCCGGUUAUGAUGAGCCGCUAAUAUUCUUCAUAAGAAAGUGAUAACACAAAAGCAUUUUAAGUUCUCACAAAUCCUGCAACACAAAUAUGUACCUUCACAGCUCAUAAAUUAUACAUCUUUAUCUCACUGCACAACCAGCAUUUUCGCCACCCUGCUCUUGAUUUAACAUGCUUCUUCACAUUGACUUGUUAGGGCCAAUUCGCCAGUGCUCUGUGUUUACUAUGUAAGCCUCCAUGAGCGUUACUACUUUAUUCAUUCAUCCAAGCUCAUGGAAAGAAUCAACUACAGGAAGAUCCACAGAAGAUUAAAGGCUGUUAAUGAAAGAUGGAACUGAGCGAGAGAAUGGGCAACAGGGCUACACUUGUGGCAGAAGAGAGAAAAAGAACACACAAAGCAAUUUUUGCUUAAUAAAACGCCAAUGCUAUUUUAUAUGAAGAACAGAUCUUUGCAUUCCAGAGAAACUGUAUUUCUACAGGGCACUGGCAGUGAAGAAAACAUCUCAGACCUCACAUUCAGCGACGGCUACAGCCUUGGCUGGGAAGCUAUCAGCCAGCUACAAACGUUUACAACGGAAGAGGAACAGACAGACAAAAGGUGACAGAAGAUAAUCAUCAUGGCAUCGGCAGGUCUACAGUUCUUUGCUUUUAUUUUAGCUUUGAUGGGUGUUUUCGGUGCCAUCACAGCCACCCUACUGCCCAACUGGAAAGUAAAUGCAGAUGUGGGUUCAAAUAUCAUAACAGCUAUAACACAGAUGCAAGGGCUCUGGAUGGACUGCACAUGGUACAGCACCGGGAUGUUUAGCUGCACUGUGAAAUAUUCCGUCCUAUCCCUCCCUGUCUACAUCCAGGCUGCACGGACAACCAUGGUCCUGUCUUGCAUCCUAUCAGCUUUUGGGAUCUGCAUCUCCACAGUAGGAAUGAAGUGCACAAAGUUGGGAGGAGACAGGGAGACCAAAAGCUACACUUCUUCUGCUGGAGGGGUCUGCCUCAUCCUUGCAGGAAUCUUUGAAUUGGUACCAACAUCCUGGUACACAAGAGAGAUAAUUUCAAAUUUUAUGGACCCAACAGUCCCAGAGAGCAGUAAAAAUGAACCAGGAGGAGCUGUUUAUACUGGAUUCAUUUCAGCAGGACUUCUGUUCAUUGCAGGUGUGAUCUUCUGCACAACCUGUUUUAAAAAGCAGCAGGGAGCAUGGAUUUACCCUACUAAGCAACAACAGUUUCCAGCCACACAGCAAGAGAACAAUGCAGGCUACAACCUGAAGGACUAUGUGUAAAUAUAGUAACGUCUAUCAGCUGGGGCUUUUUUGUUUACUUAAGAUUUAAAAAAAAAACUUAACUGUUCUUAAUGUCAAGGCUGCAAUUACAUUUUAACAAGGUAUUUUUAUUUUUAAUUAAAAUCAGGAAAAAAGAUGGCAGGAAAUAAAGCAUAAAAAUCUGCUGCAUUUUUUUUUUUGGUGCUGAUUUUUCAAACCAAAUUCUUUGGCUUUCCAGCUGAAAUUUACUGAAGAGAAAGAAACCAAUUCAAACAGUGCAAUUAAACUAACGUUUAGUUACAGCACAGACAGUUAAACACAAAAGAAAAUCUAUUCAGCAAAUACAGGAUAUCAGUAAUGUACCAAAAUUUGUGAUUUAUUUAUUUUUUAGAGUUUCGUUUUAAUUAUGGCACAAACAAAACCAACUCUCCCUCUGUGUGAAGCCCCGUGCAUUGCUUUUAAUCACAGCCACAUCUGCCUUUCGUUUCCAGCUCCCAACUGCCAUGGUAACUAGAUUUCUUUUUAAAAAACGCAGCCACAUUGUAUAUCGGCAUAUCAGGAGCUGAAGCGCUAACGCUGUCAUUGAGAUACUGCCAAAAAUGGCCCCCCCAAAAUCACCACCUGCUGUGGGUUCCAUGUUUUAUUUUAAAAGAAAAGUCUACUAGGUAGUCUCCAACUGCUGGCAAUCUACCACCAAACAACAACUGUUCAAUUUGAGGAGGAACACAACAAAAGAAGUGUCAUCAUGAUUGAGGAAAUACUUGGAAGCUUUAACCCACUGACUACACAUUUAGGCACAAGAAAAAUCGGCACCCUCCCUGACUUAUCUUCCUUACUCUACAAAGCAAACCACUAGCCUUUAAUUAAUGGAGUAUUUCACCUCCUGUUAUUUAUUCAUCAUUUAUUGAACCCUAUACAUUUUUGGCCCUUUUAAAAUUUAAUUUCAUAGAACCUGAUCCAACACCUGUUGAAGUCAAUGGAUCAAAUCCACUGCAAUAUGCCAUAUACAGCAGUGGUCAAUGACAGCAUCUUAGUUUACAAGUACUUUAUCGGUUUAAUUAACUUGGUGAAUGUUUCUAAAGCCUCAGAACCUUCUUUCCAGCAUGCAGAACUUAUUGGACAUUUGUAGGCGAUGUCUCAUGUCAAAUAUUGUCCUAGAUGUUAAAAAAAAAAAAUGAUGUGAAUUUGCUGAUGUAAGUGAGGGCAUAAAAAGAGGAGUGGACCUAGGUUUGAAUGUCUGGGGAUAUGACUCUGGACAAGUUCCUCACAGUUCAGUCAGGUACUAGAAUAUGUCUUGUUUAUUCUUAUGCAGCUUUUCAGUGCUCAGAUUAUUAGCUCAUGAAUCAUUAAAAUAUAUGGUAGAACUGUAGUAUAAAAUAGAUUAAUAUAGUAAGCAUCAAAUAAAGAAAUCUGAAUGGUGUGGAAGGAGUGAAGCUUAAUCUUUUGUUAUGGGCUUUUAUAAAGAGAGCAAUGAUUUUGUACUCACAAUGACAGUGACUAGCAUAUAUCCAUUAGCUCUGAGUUACGAGAACUUGCCUUAUAUUAUAUGUUAACAGUGAGCAUUUGACUAUUUUAUGAAGCAGUUUGUUUUGUACCAUCACUGGCAACUGUGCCGGAUCAGCAGUAAUUCAGUGGUUCAGACUUAGCCAGAACCAGAACUGAAAAAGCCAAAGUUAUUUAGGGACAGUGGCCUAGUGCACCACAACACUCCAAGACAGUUGUAUUGAGUUUAUGUUGUAAAAGAGUAUACAUUCAGGGGUGUAUAGUUUUCUAGAAACACCUAUAUUUUUCUGGAGAACUGAUUAAUUGAGGUAUUAUUGUUUUAAAAAUAUUUACAUGUCAAAUCAGGAGCAUCUCUAGCCUAUACAUUGAAAUCAGUAUUUUUUAAAAAUCACCAGAGAAAACAAGAACCAAAAGAGUUGUCUUGGGAAAGACCCAAAAAAUAUUUAUUUGCAUGUUGUAAGCAAAACUGAGAAUUUCAACUGUUACAUAAGCAGCUAAGAAAGACUCCUUUGCCAAGACUACUUAUAUAGAAGAAUCAGAAGUUCCUUAUUUACCAAAGCAAAAUCUAAGAAAGAACUUUUGGUUUAACUCACAACAAGCGCCUCAACAACUUCCCAAGAGAAAAAAAGCAGCUCCACACCCAGUAUUGGUAUCUAAUUAAGGUUGUAUAGUAGUCAAACUCUCAAGGAUCAUGGCAAAAAGUUGGAGGAUAAAUCUACAACAAGACAGCAGGAGUCGUAAAGCAAAAUGUGGCAAAAGAAGUGUGAAAAAUAGCUGCAAUGUUUUUGUCUGCUGAUUUCUGUUUCUUUUGCUCUUGCAAUAGUCACUGUUUGCUUUAGUUUAGAGAGAAAUAUUCAAUAAAUAAAAACUUAACUUUAAGCAUGUCGUCUUUUUUGAAGGGUACUAAUCAGAAAAAGACGGGAUUACAGGACUUCAUUCUGAUCAACCCAUUGCCAGCUAAAAGCCUAUCAACAGUCUGAGAGCCAGAUCCUCAGGUGAUAGAGCUCUACUUAACAUAGGAGAGUGGGAGGCAACAGGGAUCCAGUUACAGCCACCUGAUUCAGGAGGCUGGUUUGCAGUAGCCCGUUUUGACUACACCAAUGCUGCCAUGCCCUCAACUAGCCUCCUUUGCUAUAGAGGAGGGGAUGACCAGCACAAAGUUGAGAUUUUGGCCCCAGCUCUAGGUUUUCCUCAUUUGCUCUCAGUUCACACAUUUCUGCUAUAAAAGGGAGCUAGGACUCACUGAUAUUACUUUAUAAAAACUGAACAUUGGAGGGAGUAAAUGGCCAACAAAACAACUGGUCUUUAAAAAUAUAAUUAUAGAUAUUUAGUGCCCCUGACUGACCGUAGUCUUUUCUCCAUGCUGGCUGUAAGAAGUUCCAGGUAGCUUUGAACGUAAUUAGCAAUGUGCGACACACAGAGGCUCGCGAUGCAGAGGAAAUUGGGGGGCG